AUGGAAUCAUCUGGCGUUUCUGGCGUCAGCAGUGGUGCUGAUGGCAUGAAUGACCCGUCGCGACCGGUAGAGUCGACCUCCGAUCCUGGUGCGACCGAAGCUUCACACGAUGAGAACGGCCAGAACCGCCAACACGAUGAAGGCGAACACGAUACGCAGAAUGAGGACGAGCUUUCCGAUGCUGACGAAAACGAGGACGAAGACGAGGAAGAGGAAGAGGAAGAGCCUCGAUUGAAGUACCUGUACAUGACUAAGUGCCUACCUUCGCUGUAUCGCGGCGGAGACGCAACAAGCUCGUUCCUGGUCGGAGGAGAUAAGAUGAUAGUUGGCACUCACAAUGGUAAUAUACAUGUGUUAUCGGUACCGAGGCUCAAAGCUCUUCGUGUUUAUACAGCUCAUUCCGCGAGCGUGACGUCUAUUUCUAUAUCCCCGUUUUCUCCGUCAAGUUUGAGCUCGCGGUACAACGCGGCUAGCAAAUCAUCCGAAGAAGACGACACUCCUAUUCAGUCUCCGAAUGCAUCUCUACGAUCCAAGGGCAAGCCCAGGGACAUUCAACCACCGGGGCUACCGCCAACCCCUUCCAAUUCCAUACAUAUAGCUACCUCGUCGAUUGAUGGAAAUGUCUGCGUCUACUCACUUCUUGACCCCAAGGAAGUUCUUCUCCGAAACUUUGGUAGACCCGUGCAAGCCGUGGCAUUGUCGCCAGAAUAUAAAACUGACAGAACAUAUCUAUCGGGAGGCCGCGCGGGGCAGCUUAUUCUGACUGUUGGAGGACGAGCAGGCACAACGGAAAAUUCCACAACUUUAGGCACUGCAGCCGCAGCAACUGGGUGGCUGGGAUCUUUUGGCCUAGGUGCCAACUCGGGAAAGGAUACUGUUUUACACAGUGGUGAAGGAGCGAUUAACACCAUAAAAUGGUCUCUGUCUGGGAAAUACGUUGUUUGGGUUAAUGAAGAAGGUAUCAAGAUCAUGCGGUCGAAUCUACAUUUGGAGGCAGCAGAUACAGAGUAUGCGUGGACUCGAAUAAGGCAUAUAGACCGACCGAAUCGUCCACAAUGGGAAGAAAUGGCCAGUGUCUGGAAAGCACAUGCAGAAUGGGUUGAUAUGAAAUCACUUGAAGCUUCUGAGAACAAUGAAGCUGGGUCAAUAUCUGGCCAACAAACUUCCGCUGCCACCAAUGGCGAUUCAGCAGAAAUUGAGAAACUUGUUGUGGGCUGGGGUGGCACGAUUUGGGUCAUCAAUGUAUAUCCGGACUGUAUACCACCUGCUGGAACCCGAGCAGGCAACCGAAAGCUUGGGGACGCUGAAGUAGUGACAAUCCUACGAACCGACUCCACCAUUUCUGGCGUUGCCAUGUAUAGCCCGAAACUUCUGCUUGUUCUAGCAUAUUUGGAAAGCGAAAAGAGCGACCAGACACAAAGCAGUCGUAGGCAGAAAGCAGCCGAACCCGAACUUCGUCUUAUUGAUCUUGAAACGCAGGAGGAGGUUAGCGCCGACACGCUCUCAGUCAGUCGUUACGAGAAUCUUGCAUCCUCUGACUAUCAUAUGAGCGUAUUGAAUCCUCCACGAAUAACAACAGCCACGGUGCAGCGAGGAGGCUUUGGAGCCUUAGGCACAGGCCUCCUUGACGCAACUUUAUAUCCCGCAAGGCUCUUCACAUCGAACACUAGUGUACGAAGUUUCGGCAGCAAUGGCGAUAGGGGCUCUGAAAGAGUUGCUAGUUCCUUUAUCUCUAACCCUAUCUCUGGGGGUUCCACCAUACCGAAGGAGCUUCAAACUAUAUCCGCUGCCAAAGGCAUCAAGGUCUUUGUCCAUAGUCCUUAUGACUGUAUAGCGGCUAUGUCAAGAGACCUAUCAGAUCGUCUCGCGUGGCUAGAAUCAAACGAGAAGUACGAAGAAGCAUGGGUUCUUGUUGAUCAGAACCCGGGUGUCUUGACUUCAACGUCCGAGGGACAACAAGAUGCUUUCAUGAAAUCUCAGACGAGUUUAGUGGAAUUCUUUGCCGACGACGGUUCCUCAAUCACGACAGCCGGUCAGCCAUUAAACUCAAAUGCUAGAAACGAGAAGCUUCGCCUUGGUGAAUUAUGGAUCGAACAACACAUCCAAAGAAACGAAUGGGAAAGUGCGGGGGACGUCUGUGUCAAAGUCCUUGAUGCAACCGAUAGAUGGGAACACUGGGCAUGGAGAUUUGUCGAAGCUGGCAAAUACGAUGAAAUCGCUCAGCAUAUCCCAGUAGCCAUUCGUCCCUCGCUUCCAUCUGCAGUGUAUGAUGCUUUCCUUGAUUAUUACGUCUCCAGCAAUCGCCAAACGUUUGAACAGCUGCUAUGUCAAUGGCCACCGGAGCUUUUUGAUAUUGGCAAGACUAUUUCAAUCAUUGAAGACCAAUUGAAGUCAGGAGAUAUCCAGUCAGACUCCAAUGAUUGGCAUAUCUUGAUGGGAAGGCUAGCGAAGUUGUUAUUGGCUGAUGGACAUCACCGAGAGGCUUUGCAUUGCUAUAUACGACUGCAAGAUGCCGACGAGGCACUUCGUUUAAUUCGCGAUUAUCGUAUAGCAGACGCCAUUUCCGACGACGUUCUGAAAUUCAUACAUCUUCGAGUCUCGGAACAGCAAUUAGCUAAGGCCUCCAUCUCAGAAUUGGAGCAGAUGACUGCUGAGUCUAAUAGUAUCCUGGUUAGGGAGGCAUAUAACGGUAUUAUCCGCCCCGAAACAGUCGUAUCACAGCUAAACACCGCAUCUGGCCGUUUGUACCUGUUUUUCUACCUUCGUGCUCUGUGGAAAGGUGAUUCCCAUCCAUCCAAGGUGGAGGAAAAGCCUCAGCUUCGAGGACGGGGUCGCCACGCCCGAGACGCAGCAGAAAAACUCGCGGCCGACGAAGGAAGGAGUCUGGUAGAGCCAUUUGCAGACAUCACAUUAAAUCUUUUUGCCGAGUAUGACAGACAACUGCUCAUGGAAUUUUUGCAGGCAAGCACAGCCUAUUCCUUUGACGAGGCUUGCGGAAUCUGCGAAGAGAAACACUACACUACAGAACUCAUAUAUCUCUUGUCGAAGACGGGACAAACGAAACGGGCUCUUAACCUUAUACUUUCUGACCUAAACGACGUCUCGCAAGCGAUCAGCUUUGCGAAAUCACAAGAAGAUUCUGACUUGUGGGAAGAUUUGCUUAAUUAUUCAAUGGACAAGCCCGAUUUUAUUCACGCGUUGCUUACCGAAGCCGGGACAUCCAUUGAUCCAAUAAAACUCGUCAGGCGCAUCCCCAGUGGACUGGAGAUAGAAGGCCUUCGGGAUGGACUAACUCGAUUACUUCGCGAUCACGACAUCCAAGCAAGCAUAAGCCAGGGGGCAGCCAAAGUUCUGCAGGGCGAAGUCGCUGUUGGAAUGGAUGCACUACGGCGUGGUCAGCGGCGCGGCAUCAAAUUCGAUGUCGGCAAACCAUCUAUUGAUGGCGGUGAUGGUGACACGUCAGAGAAGAACGACGUCGGUGCUGUAAAGGAUGGCGACGAUGGCGAUCAUACAGGUAAUGAGGAAGGGUUUCUACCACAGAAACAACGUGCGAGUGGCCUGGCGAUUAGCAGACCCCGCCGUGUUGCCCCUGGUCAAUGCGGUGGUUGUUUCGAAUUCUUUCACGAGAAUGAAAAGGAAAUGCUUGUCGGAUUUGCCUGUGGCCACGUCUUCCACUUGUCUCACGUCCAGGAACCAGCUCAUUCUCAUGGGAACGAGUUCACGCAUCCAAGCGAGACUAUUCAUGAGUCUCCACUGCCAGAGGGUGAUUUUACCGGAGAUAAUGAAGACGAAGAGACCUCCGAUUUCUUUACCACGUCUCGCACCGUAGGACCCAAAGUCAUUACUGCUCGCCUGAUACGAGAUCGAAUUGGAGAUGGAUGUCAAAUCUGCGCUCUGAACAGACAAGUAGCAAACGCCGCCGCACCUGAAAAUACGUAG